AGAUCCCGGCAAGAUAAGACAUGGGUCAAUAUAUAAAAACAUCAAAGCGUGAUGAGCCUGAAUAAUCAUCCUGCCUCCAUCAGACCUUUUCACACAAUCUAGUCCCCCCUUUCUGGUAUUGUUUGUCAGAUUGGAACAGCCCAGUUCACCAGCCAAUCAGAGGGCACAGCUACAGAAGCCUCAUCCACCUCCUAUUGAAUUGAAUGCAUCCUGCUUACAGACAGGAAACACAAAGCUGUACCAUCUUCCCUCUUGGAUAGGGGAAAGGCUUCCAGAAACACACCGGUAGCCUGAACAGGUGAAUGGAAUAAUCAAGGCAACGUGAUGUUUAUGAGUGACGACAGCUGAAUAAUUUCCUUCAUACCAAGAUGCUAGCCAGGAAAGGACUUCUUCCUGACGAGUUCCUAAUCACUCGCCUGGCAGAAGAAGGGGCUUCCCAUUCCCAGUACAGACCCAAAACCAGAAGAGCACGUUUUGUGGGGAAAAAUGGAGCCUGCAAUGUGGCCCAUAAGAACAUUCGUGAGCAAGGACGAUUCCUCCAAGAUGUCUUCACAACCAUGGUGGAUCUUAAAUGGCAUCACAGUUUGCUUAUCUUCACAAUGACAUUUAUUUGCAGUUGGAUGCUGUUUGCUAUGGCUUGGUGGCUAAUAGCUUUUGCCCAUGGUGACCUUGGCCCAAAACGUGGCUCUUUUGUGCCUUGCGUAACUAACAUCCAGUCUUUUACUUCAGCCUUCCUCUUCUCCAUUGAAGUUCAAGUUACUAUCGGAUUCGGAGGCCGAAUGGUGACUGAGCAGUGUCCUUUGGCCAUAACAGUGCUCAUUAUACAAAAUAUAUCUGGGUUAAUCAUCAAUGCAGUCAUGUUGGGAUGUAUUUUUAUGAAAACCGCUCAAGCCAACCGCCGGGCAGAAACAUUGAUUUUUAGCAAACAUGCUGUUAUAGCCUGUCGUGAUGGGAAGUACCGCUUUAUGUUCCGUGUGGGUGACUUGAGGAAAAGCAUGAUUAUCAGUGCUUCCAUCAAAAUCCAAAUUGUGAAGAAGACCACAACGGAAGAAGGAGAAGUCAUUCCUAUUUCCCAGGUCGACAUCCAAGUGGAAAACCCUGUAGGGACUAAUUCCAUCUUCUUGGUAUCCCCGCUGAUUGUUAGCCACACCAUUGAUGAAAGAAGCCCACUAUAUCCCUUUUCAGCUUAUGAUCUUUGCAAUGGAGAUCUGGAGGUGGUGGCAAUUCUGGAAGGUGUGGUGGAGACAACAGGUAUCACUACCCAGGCAAGAACAUCCUACUUACCAGAUGAAAUCCUUUGGGGCCGCCGGUUUGUUCCCAUUGUCACAGAAGAAGAAGGCAGGUACUCGGUAGACUAUUCCAAGUUUGGAAAAACUGUCAAGGUGCAUGGGCCCCUAUGCAGCCCCAAAGACCUAGCUGAAGGUAGAUAUUGUGCACUGCCUAGAAAUGAACAACAUUCAAAGCCAAAGAAAAGAAGAGGUGAAAGUCAUGGAGCUGCCAGGAAAAUUGUUGCAGAAAAUCAACCUAGCGAUUCAGAUUCUUAAUACUUAAGAUGCUAUAUUGUCCUGUACAGUGUCUAAGUUACACAGUUAUGCCCUGCCUGUGGCCAUUUACCCUUCUCCUGAAAGGCUGCAUAUUGGACAUUCCUUGCAAUGUUAUUUAAUGAAAAAGGUUAAUAUUUUCACAUACUCAUCCAGUCCAUCCAUGCAAGUGCAACAUUGAUGUUGAAGCAAAGCAAAUGGACAACAUUGCCUCAGGUGUGCUCAGUCUCUACAUGAGUACAGCUCACAUUGGUGCCUCAUUCAUAAGGAAGUGACAAGUAUCCAUUCAUUACAUGGCAUUUAAUAUUGCCUAGUAAACCCUAGGCAAUAUUCAUGGGGACAAAAGUAGCUGACUGCAAGGGUCCAAGGGCAGAUCAUUUGCAAAUAGUGAAUUGAUGCAUAUCAGAUAUCAAUGUGCAGUAUUUAACUCCUUGUCUGCUGUGCCUCUUUGCCGUGCCACCUGUUGUUUAGAAGCAUAGAUCGAAGAGCAACCUUAGGAUUCAUAGAUCCUACAAACUAUUAUUAGCAGCAUCAUUUAUAAAAAGGCUUUAAAAUAUCUGAAAUCUAUAUUUUGCUAUUCUUGCUUACAGGAGCAUUGGGUUUGGAUAAGGCUGGACAGCUGGGGCAAAAGAAGGAGGCUGGAGCUCCAAUUGAGUAUAAAAACCUUUAAAGGGAUACUGUUGUGGGAAAAAAUGCUCCAGCAGAAUUUUGCAAUGAAAUCCAUUUCUUAAAA